AUGGACUUAGAUUUUAUUUUCUUUCCUGCUCCUAAAGAGACAUUAGAUAAUGGGUAUUUUGAUGAAGGUAGAAUAUUGUGGAUACCAAAACAUUCAGCAUUGUAUCCAAACUUUUAGAAUUAUGUUAAAAGAAAAACAAAAAAAAAUAUGGUUAUUUUUUUAAGACAAUCAACCCAACAAAUAGAAGAAGAAUAAUUAGCUUUAAUUGAUGAUCAAAAGUAAAUAUUUCUAAAAGUCAUAGUGAAUUUAAAAAAUAACCAAUUCCUUAAUUUCCAAAUAUUCACCACUCCAAUAAAUAAAAUUUAGUUAAAAAUAUUUAGGUUGAAGAAAAAGAAAUAGGAUCACUAGAAUUUGAUUUAAUCGACUAAGAAGAGGAUUUAUAGGAUAAAGUAACAAAAUUAAAUUAGGAAUCUGUUUACAAUAUAGGCAAAUCUAAGAUUAAUAAUAUUAAAUAAAAUUCAUUCAUGCGAAAUAAAAAAAGGGAAACUACAAGUAAAAGUUCUCCACAUUUUCUUUAAUUCAAUUAAAAAUAGGAACCUACCAUCUAACAAAUAAAAACUGGUCAAAGAGAUGGAAAGAUAAUUGGAUAUAUACCUUGUUUGCUUAUCAAAUAUGAAAAUUCAUCAAAUAUCAUAGUUUAUUUUCAUGGAAAUGCUGAAGAUAUCAGCCAAUCCUAUGCAUUUUUGAUACAUCUUCGUAAUGUUUUGUAAGUAUUACUAUAUCAUAGUAAGAAAAGAUUUCAGUUUUGGCAGUAGAAUACCCAGGGUAUGGAAAAUAUAAUUAAGUUCAAACUUCUGCUGAAGCUAUAUAAAAUGAUGCUGAUUAUAUUUAUAACUAUUUAUCCAAAAAAAUAGGUUAUGAAGAAAAUUCAAUAAUGAUCUUUGGAAGAUCAAUAGGAUCUGGUCCUGCAACCUAUUUAGCUAGUAAACACAAACCAGGUUGUUUAGUGUUAAUGUCACCAUUUACUUCCUUAAAAGAUGCUGUUCGUGAUUAUGUUAGGUUUGUAGGUACAUGGGUUUAGCAUUUAAUUAGACAAAGAUUUAAAAACUUAGACAAUAUAAAUGAUGUUACAUCUCCAACUUUUAUAUUGCAUGGAAAGAAAGAUGAUUUGAUUCCUUAUUAAUAAGCUUAAAAAUUAUAAGGUAAAAAAUAGAUUUAGUUUAUAGAAAAUUGUUCUGCCAAAAUAUGUGUUUUACAUUUAGCAGAAGAUAUGGAUCAUAUUAGUUAUAAGUUGCAUUCUGAUUUAAUUAUUCCUUUGAUGCAAUUCUUAAGGAAAAUAAACUUCUUUUAAAUAUUUUUUAAAAGCCCUAAAGUACCCACUAAAUUAUAUCAUAAUCCAAUAGUAUGA